AUGGGACAAGGUAAAGAAACAAAGCCAGAUAUUUUGAUUACACCAGUAUUGGGCAUAGCCGAGAAUGUGACUAAUAACUGGACUAUACUGCUUACAGUAAAUAACGGUUUCUUUGACUUUUUCGAAAACUGGCAGUGGCAUUUUAAGAAGCUUGAUAUUUCUGUGCCGGUAUCAGUUGUUGCAGAGGAUGAUAUCGUUUUUGAAAAACUAACCUAUUUAAACGACAGCUCAAUUAAAGUGCAUAGAAGUGAACAUAUAUCCAUCAAUAAAGCCGUCAAAUAUAAUAGUACUUUGUAUAAUAUGAUUGUUUCAGCACGACCAACAUAUAUUCUGAUGUACUUAAAGAAUGGAACUAACGUUAUCUACACUGAUCUAGACACAGUUUGGUUACAAAACCCAUUGCCUUUCCUACAGGGCAAUUUUGAUAUAAAGAGUCAGUUGGAUUUAAAGGAUAAUUUCUGCACAGGGUUUUUGGCCAUCAAAAGUAAUAAGGAUACUAUAGAAUUUAUACAAAAAUGGGAGGACGCCUUAAGAGAUAAGCCUAAUCUCAAUCAAGACAUAUUUAACAGGUUGGUGAUAAAAUCACCCGUAAAUUAG